CCUAUUGAUUAAUAGUCUUAAUUUUUUCCCCAAAAUGCGUUGUUUGGUUCUGCUCUUGUUUGUCGCCGCGGCGACGGCGGGUGUUCCCAGUGAUGCGGAUUACAUCAAGAACUACCACGAGCUCGUGGGCAUUCCUAUGGCCACGAGGGUCAAGGCGAUGGAAGACCAGUGGCUGAGGAACCCGCUCAACAGGAUCAUCGGGGGUGCCGCGUCCGCCAACAUCAACCAUCCUUACAUGGCUGGUCUGGUGAUCACGAUGGUUAAUAGGGCUCAAUCGGGUUGCGGCGCCACGCUCCUGUCGUCCAGCCGCGUGGUGACGGCCGCGCACUGCUGGGCAGACUCCGUGAACCAGGCCGCGCAGUUCGAGGUGGUCCUCGGCUCCCAGUACCUCUUCAGCGGAGGCACCAGGAUUGUCACCACCCAGGUCUACACGCACCCGUCCUACAACCCCAGGAUCAGCGCCAUCAAAUACGAUGUCGCUAUGGUCUACCUUCCGUCCCGCGUCGCUUUUAAUGGCCUCAUCGCCCCUGUUGCACUACCUUCAGCUGCUGAGGCUAAUGAUCAAUUUGCCAGAGCCAUGGCUACCGCAAUCGGAUACGGCAGAACCAGCGAUACCGCGUCGUGGACUCUGGAAACGUACCGUCGUGAGGUGAAUGCUCAAGUGAUGAACCAGAUGGACUGCCUGCGCAGCUGGCAAGCUGGCACCAUCGAGCCAUACCACCUCUGCACUGAGGGCAACAAGAGCAACAACAACGUCAACAAUGUCGGCGUCUGCGGAGGAGACUCCGGUGGACCUCUCACCACUUUCAAGAACGGAAGGCAAAUCCUCAUUGGUAUAAUCUCGUUUUCCGCUCCGCAAUGUGAACAAGGACACUCGUCAGGGUACACCAGGGUCACCAGCUUCCUCGACUUCAUCACCCAACAGAUGAUUCUCUAAAUACAUCUAAAUAAAACAUACUAACUACGAAUUUUGAGUUUUUGUCGUUUCUGUAUUUCUGUGCGGCACAGGUUCUAUAAAUACCUACGAAAGACUAUAAUAAUACUUUGUAUUCAUGUUAUCUAGAUAUUUAUUCUAAAUAAUAAUACCAUGACUUCAAAUUAUUAUUUUUUUUCCUUUUAUUGACAUCUAUGGUAGUGAGAUGUAUGUAAGGUUCUCCGUUAGAGAAGUAGGUACUUCUGUUCCUUGGAUGUAAGUAUGUAUGAAUGAACACCUAAUGCAUACUAUUUAAGUAGGUAAGUACCUAGUGCUAUAAAACCGAGAGAUUUUAUGUGUUUUCAGUUAGUCGCUUAAGGAAAUGUAUCCAAUUACUAUCGGAUUUUUCGGGGAUCACUCACUGAUUGCUGCAGUACUUACGUAUGAAUUUGAUAAAUAAUAACUUUUUACGUAUGAUAAAUAAUAUAUUAUUCUAAUCAAUAUUUUAUCCGUAUUAUUAUGGUGUCACUGGAGUGGAAUCCCGGCGGUGUCGGAGAUCCACUGCAGGUAUCUCUGCACGCGGGUGAAGACCGAGGGUCGGUCGAUGGUGCAGCCGUCGACGCCCACAAACGACGCCACCCCAACC